GCAUACAAGCAGAACUGCCACAUUACUGAGUAAAUGGUUUUAUUUUCACUCACGUAGCCAAAUCGUCUCAUGUGUUGCAGCAGCUGUCUCAGUCUACUUUUUAUUCCAAUUUACAUGGAUGACGGUGGCACAGGUUUUGCUAACAGAAAUAUUUAGUUCGAAGCGAUCGACUGACUCAAAUAUCUGGUUUGCAAAUAUUUUGAUAUUGUUGCUUUUUCCGGAACUGGUGAUGAUGAUGUAUGAUGUUUGGAUGUCAAAUAUAAUUGCACUAAAGAGAUACCAAGAGUGGCCAGAAAUCAAAAUUCUGAUAAACGGUGUAGUGAUAUCAAUCAUAGACGCCAUGGGUCUGGGGUACCUAACGACCGUCGGCUUUCCAGUGAUUCCUCCCUUUUUACUUCCUGGUAUUUUCUGUAUCGGAUUAUCUCCAGCGAAUCACUUGCUCGCUGAAAAGGAAAAAGAAAGUGGAAAUUUAUGCAGUGGACGAAAAUGCCUUUUACCUAUAUUCCAGUUUCUUCUCUUGAUAUCAGUUACAACGUCGCUUGUUUUCUGCGGUAUAAUGAACAUUGAAAACGCGAGUUUCUUUGGUCUAUCUUUACUUAUGUUAAACCUGACUCGGUCUACGCCCUUGCAAAACCAUAUCUUCGGAACCGAUAACAAAAACGCAAAGGCUCAAAACGCCGGAAUCUUGUAUCGCUUUCUGCGUAUAGUUAUCUUAGUUUUAUCGGUAUAUAUCGCUUUUCUGCAAGAUAAUGAUGACCAUUCAUUAUCUACAUUUUUUGUAUCCAUAACAAAUGAUACGACUGUCCUUAAAGUAACCAUGGUGUGUGCUUGCGUCCUUUUGGGUCAAAUCGAUUCAUAUAUUCCUACCCUGAGUUCGCGUAAGGCAAUUUUAUCAACAAUAACAUGCUUUUGCACAACACUAACGGUAUCCAUCUUUGUUUUGUACGUCUAUUUUGUUGAUAACAAUUUUAAACUAUUUGAAAACAUCAAAAGCUUUCCGGUCUCUUUUUCAAUGUACCACAUUAUAUUAUACUCAUGUACUUGCCUCUCUGUGCUUUCGAUCUGUUUUGCAACAUUUUACUAUAUUUACAAAGGAAAAUUUUGUAUCAGAUUAUGUUGUCUGGUCUUCUAUGAUAAUAUUUUUUCUUGUCAAAACUUGAUUAUAAGAAGGUUGUGCAAACCAAAGUGUUUCAAAGAGAGUAAGCGUAGUAGGGUAUUUGUCUGCAGUACGAUGUACCAAGAGUCGGUCAUUGAAAUGAGACGUCUGCUAUGUAGCCUGAAAAAAAUAUCUGCCUCAAAAGUGCUGAAAGAUCGCAAUGUAUAUAUUGAAUCUCACAUUUUUCUUGACAAUGGAGCGAAUGAAAUGAAAGUAAAGAGUUUUGGAAUUCAGCUUUUAACGCUUAUUGGUGAAACCUUUAAAUUGGAAGAGAAAUACGAAACUAUGAUUAACACGCCUUAUGGAAUUAGAUUCUCGUGGAAUGUCCCGGGACAAACACCUUUGUUUUUACACCUUAAAGAUUCUAGCCUUGUUAAAGCCAAAAAAAGAUGGAGUCAAAUAAUGUAUAUAAAAUACAUUCUUCAAUACAGAGAAAAAGAGCAGCUCUUGUUUCAAAAAGCAGCAAAUCCCGUCAAUUCUGUUUAUAGCGUGCCUUUAAACUUUGUUGAUGCAGAAGUUGAUGUUACACCAAACGUGCUACGAUCAGAAAGUAAUGCAAAAUUACAUACUUUUACGAACGCGUACAGCACAUCCAGCAUGAAAUCUUUGUUAAGGGUACCGUCUGCGACUCAAUUAGCAGAACAAGACAAUGAAAGGGAGGGGGCGAUCAGAUCAUCGGAUUCCGCUGAAUAUAAUCUUUCUGGUGAUCGAAAUCAAGAAAUAACAUUAAGGGUUCCGAUGAGUCAUUUUACGACCAAGAAAAGAAGAUCGUCUUUUGACCACAGCUUCAUUUCUCAAAAAAAAUCUUCUGCCACAAAAUAUUGCCUGGAUUCACAUUUACAAAACAAAUUAUGCAAUGACUUUUCUCGUCCGAGUUUUCAAUCCUCAUUUUUUUGUGACAAGGAACACCGAAAGAAGGACAUUUUAGUUGAUGAAAUUAACCAGGAUUUUAUUUUAGCCACUGAUUCAGAUAUGGCUUUCGAUGACCAAAGCAUCUUAAACCUACUUGAAACCAUUGAAAAAGACAAUAAAAUUGGCGGGGUGUGUGGAAGAACAGUUCCUAUAAGCGUUCGGAGUCAUCCCAUCGUCUGGAUUCAAAAAUUUGAGUAUGCUAAAGAUUUUUUUAUGGGAAAAAGUGCUCAAAACAUAAUUGGAUCCGUAAUGUGCUGUCCGGGAUGUUUCAGUCUCUUUCGGUUUGAAGCUCUACAUGACUGCAUUGACACUUACUCUAUGCCAACUUCCUUAAUUUCAGACGUCUUUACGAAAGAUAGCGGUGAAGAUAGAUGGAUAUGUACACUUAUGAUGAACGCAGGGUGGACCUUGAAAUAUUCUUGCCAUGGAUAUAAUUCGACUUUCUGUCCAGAAGAAACAGAAGAAUUCAUGAAGCAGAGAAGAAGAUGGCUCUUGUCUGAUUUUGCAAACACAGUUAUAGUCGCAAAAAACUUAUUACAUCUAAUGAAGAACAACACGGCCUUCACCGUAUUGUACACGUUGUAUUUCCUACAGCUCUCCAUCGUGACGAUCCUUUGCCCGGGAUCGACUUUGCUUAUGCUGUCCUUUUUAGUAAAAUUAGUCGCUGGAAUCCCACUCAUUGUGAACGCCGCCGUUUUGUGGGCGAUUUGUUUGGCGUACUGCAUUGUCCAAAUCAGUUCUUUGACUGCUUACAAAAAAUUGGUCUUAAGCAAACUUUUAACGCUAGUUUUGGGCAUUCUGACUACGUAUGUGUUUGUUGCAACCAGCGUUUACAUUGUCCAGAUGGUAAUCAAAGACAAAGGCUUCUUGUUUGCGACCUCCCACAUCGCAAUUUUGGUUUUGCUCGGAGUAAUAUUCCUGCACCUCUACGCGAUAUUGCUGCACCCUUUUGACAUACACUUGUUACUGGCUGGGAUUGUGUACCUGUUUUAUAUCCCAUUCGUCUUUAUUUUUAUCCAACUGUACGCAGUUUGCAAUAUUGUUGAUCAAACAUGGGGAACGAGAGAUAAUCAAAAUGCUGUGGCUUCCAGUUUUUUACAUUUUCCAAAAUUCAGAAAACAAAAGAAGAGUUCCAGUUUGAAAGAUCGAGAAAAUGCAUUUAAAAAUUCAGCCAUUGACCUACAAGAUAUAAGCGAGAACGAGGCCUUGUUUUGGCAGAAUCUGGUAAAUGACUGUAUUGGGGUUGGUGUCAACCCGGGAAUUUUGCAAGAAGAUCGGGCCAAAGGUUUGCGCUCUCUCCGAACGAAGGCCACUAUAGCCUUCUUAUCUGUUAAUUUCCUCUGGGUCGCCAUUUGGAUAGGAAUGGAUGCACUUUUGAUGAAAUUCUUCAUGGACAGACUUUUGUAUGGCCUAAUUCUGUUUUGUCUUUUCUGUGUGCCUAUAUGUAUUCAGAUUCUUGGAAUGACGGUAUAUCGAUUUAGUGAUAUACUGACGCAAUUUGGACGAUUGAUGUCUUAAUUCAUAAAAAUUUAUCGGGUCAGUUAACACAUAUAUUUGCUCUUACUUUGCUUGUGCUUAUCUCUAACAGUAAACUUAAUAGACUUUUGGUUUUAUUAUAUUGGUUGGCAUUAUAUUUGA